UUUAAAUAUUUAAUUGCCGAGGAAAACGAGGAUGAACCAAGUACGAGAACAAGAUAAUAAAAAUACAAGACAGCUUUAUUUUUUUUUAGGAACUAGUUGCUUGUGUUGCGCGCUUUCUAUGAUUUCACCUUCACCGGUUGUUUCUUCUUCUGCUUCUGUAAUCAUUUUUGUUUUGUCCUUAAAAAAGUGUGUAUAACGGUUUGGUUUUGCUUUCGCGUACGUACCAAAAAUGAUGAUUUUGGUUGUUGCCUUUUGUUUUGUUUUGGAUGAGGACUAGUAUCCUAGAUAGCAUGAAUCCUUCAUCUUCACAGUUUGUUUCCUCAAGAAGGAUGGGUGUGUAUGAUCCUAUUCACCAAAUUACUAUGUGGGAAGAAAAUUUCGAAAGUAAUGGUUAUUUAAGUGCAUCCACGUCCUUAAUUGAUGAAGGGAACAUGAAGUUAGAUAAUCAGGUUCAGUCAAAGGAUGCUUCUCAUGGGAUAUUGGGAACACCUACGAAGUAUGACCAAGAAGCCAACAAACUUACUAAUAAGAUACAAAGACGUCUUGCACAAAAUCGAGAGGCUGCUCGUAAGAGUCGUUUAAGGAAAAAGGCCUAUGUGCAGCAGUUAGAAUCAUGUCGUUUGAAGUUGAUGCAGUUAGAGAGAGAGGUAGAUCAUGUUAGACAACAGGGAUUGUGUAUUGAUGGUGGAUUGGGUUCUAAUAAUCUGGGUUUUGCUGGCUCUGAAAAUUCAGGAAUAACAACCUUUAAGAUGGAGUAUGGAGAAUGGAUAGAAGAGCAAAAUAGACAAAUCUUGGAAUUGAGAAGUGCUUUAAGUGCUCAUAUCGAUGACAUACAGCUGGAAACACUUGUAGAUGGCAUAAUGAACCACUAUUUCAAAUUCUUUUGCAUGAAAUCUGCUGCUGCAAAAGCAGAUGUUUUUUAUGUUAUGUCUGGUUUGUGGAAAACAACAACUGAACGACUUUUCUUGUGGAUUGGAGGCUUUCGCCCCUCUGAACUUCUAAAGAUUCUGGUCCCUCUGUGUGAACCCUUGACAGAGGAAGAACGGUUAGAUGCCUGUAGCCUUGAAAAAUCAUGCCGGCAAGCAGAAGAUGCCCUUUCACAAGGUAUGAACAAACUCCAGCAAAUGCUUGCUGAAACUGUAGAAGCAGGACAACUUGUUGAAGGAACUUACAUUCCUCAUAUGGCUACUGUAAUGGAGAGGUCAGAAGCACUGGUAAGCUUUGUCAACCAGGCUGAUCAUCUAAGACAAGAAACCUUGCAGCAAAUGUCUCGAAUACUAAGCAUACGUCAGAAUGCUCGAUGGCUGCUUACUUUUGGGGAAUAUUUUCAACGCCUACGGGCCUUGAGCAAACUUUGGGCUGAUCAUCCCACUCAUGAGUAAAUAUUUUUACAAUUGUUAUGUAGUUAUAUUUUGAAACAUUAUAUUUAUGUAGUUAUAAAAAUAGUUAUUAUAUCAGUAGCGCAGCAUAAAUCAAAAACCAUGAUCAUGAUUAUGAUCUAUACUGGCUGCUACAAUUUUUCCUGCAGUCUUGUGUUACGGAGAAGUAGUAAAUAUGAUUAGGUGUGUGUGACGGGUCUCUAUGGAAGUUGGUCAUGUAAAAUGUGUAUAAUGUACAGCUGCGUUUUUCUUUCUAGACAUGUUUAUCCUUUUAAGGACGUGCUCUCAGAAGCUCGUGUGGUAAAUAUUCGAGCAACUAAAGAUAGUGACACUUUAUUCAACGAUGGCAGCUCAGUUGGUGGAAAGGAACUGAGUGAAGGAACU